GGCGCGUGAACGUGAAGGUAGAAAGAUUGGAGGAAUGCUUUUGAAAAAAGGCUAAUAAUGCAGUCUGUUCCAGCGGCUUCUGCUAGCCAUUGCCCUAGUUGUUUUCAUGAUGUCAGAGUGUUGUAAAGACCUAUUUGCAACGUUAGAGAAAUAUGAACUGGAUGAUCCACUGUUUUCCAAAGAUGAUAUUUUAACAGUAGUUUCUUACAUCUUGUCUUGGCAGCAACGUCAGUGUAAAUGUGUCUUCAGAGACCAGCUGAAUCUCUCUCGGUUGGAAGAUCAACUUCAAAUUCUCAUACAUACCGCUAUUGAGAAUAUUUCAUCUUGGUCGUCAUUCCCGUCUGAAAGCCAUGACGGUCACUCAACUUGGAGUUUGGCGGAGAAAGAAAAACUGUUCCUUUCUGUGGCAAAAAUCUUCCAGAUUCAUUUUCCAUUUUAUCAGGCCAGGCAGAUACCGCUUGUACGACAGGACAUAACAGCGAAAGACUGCUCAAAGUACUGUGAUAUGAGUGUUGGUGAAAUUGCUGAAGCACUUCUGAUAAACAUUGCGUAUUUUUGUGAAAAAGGAGGUCUCACUGCCAUCCGCAAUGCCUUCCAUGAGACAGGCUCUUUGCCUUUUCAUGUAGCACAUCUUCUGAUAAGUAUUGUUUGUCAGCUACGUGUAUGGUUUAGUGUCCAGGCAAUUGUGCAGUACAUUGUUCCACUCAGAGGUCCAGUUAUCAGGUACCUCUGUCAACUCUCUGAUAAGGAUUUAAGACAGCAGGAUGGAUGGGCAAUGGCUGAUUCAAUGUGGAAUGGAGUGAAAGGACCUGCUGAUUCAAUGCCAAUAUUUGAUAGCUUUACAUUAGACAGCAUGGAUUUGGCUUUUAAAUACUUCACUUCCUCAACCCUAACAGUCCGUCUAGCAGGCCUUAGUCAGAUAGCAAAUCAAGUGCAUAUGUUCAUGGAAAUCUUUCAGACCAGUGCAGUUGGCAAGGGUGACAGCAUAAACAGUGAACUUUCGCAGUGGCUGGUUGAUAAUAAUGUCAUUGAACACCUGUUUGGACCAAAUCUUCAUGUUGAGCUCUUGAAACAGUCUCAGAUCAUCCUCAACUAUCUUGCACAAGAGACUUGUAUUACUACUCAACAUCUAGAUUGUAUAUGGGCUGCUGCACAGCUAAAACAUGCCAGUCGGUAUGUCCAUGAUUUACUGACUGUCUUGACCAAACACCUUGAGAUGUCUUCCAUCUUAUAUCUACUGGACUUGGUAUCUAGAUUGCAUCCCUCUAUGCACACAAAGCAAACACUAUUCCUGGCUUCAUUGCUGCUAAGAAUAAUUUGGAGUUCUGCCCUGACUCCAGAAGCAUCAAAGUCUUGUGUUGAACAUGUAAAUAGUCCAGUACACGGUUGUGUAGAUAAUGGAGGUGCCACAUCUGCUGCAUUAGCAGCAGCAAUGCAGAGAAAGUUUCGACAACAUGGAGGAAGCAUGAGCCAAAGUAGCAGUAGAAGUAACAGUUUAAGUGAAAUCAGCAUUGAUGGUGAUCAAAGAGAGGAGUCUCAAAGAAAAUUUAUAGAGCUUCAAACUCAAGAUCUAGAAAUGGAUGUAGCUACCUGCGAGCCUUCCGUUCCUGGAAACUUUGACACACCUCACCAAUAUAAAGAUAUUGAUAGUAACAGUUGUACCAACAGCCAUGCAAGCUCCUUGUCUGACAGACGUGACUUAGAAGACUUUGAUGGGGAGGAUGUAGAUGACGACCUAAGCCAACUCAAAGCAGUUGCUGCACUUCGAAAUGUCCAGCAUAGUCACCAUGGAACGGAGAAGGGGUUUGACCUCACUACUGUUUGCCAGGAAGGGAAAACACUCUUGUGGGAUUUAUUGCAAGAUGAAAAUGCUAUUCAUUUAGAAGAUGGUCUAAUCCAGGAAGCAGAAAAGUUGCUUUGUCAGUUGAUCUGUUAUACAGGAGAAAAGAAAAUAAGGAUGACAUUUAUUGAAGGUUGUGUAGCUAACCUGGUUAAUGAAAGGUCAGUAGUAAUGUCUCUUCAGCUUCUGCCAAAGUUGUUCAGUUCUUUCCAACAGUAUGUUAAUAACAGCUAUGGACCUCAUUGGGUUACAAAGUGGACAGUUUCAGAACUAGAUGUGAUGGAUUUAUUUUUCAAAAACCUUGAGGUGUAUAUGGCUAAUGUAGCUAACAAGAAAACACCACCAUGUGCAUUGUACAGCCACAAAGAGGAGGUUCAAGCUAGACUUCAGUUCCUUUCAUCAAUAUAUUCAAAUGAGCUUUCCAAGCCUGAAUUUGGUCUUAGUCUAGACCAAGUAGAUACAUUAUGGUCAACUUUGGUCAAUGACAAACAGUGUUCAGAUGAAGCUUUAGAAUGGUUUGUACAGCAAGCACAAAGUAAAGAUCUACAUGCCCUCAGUCUUGAGGCUCUUAGUUAUAUCUUUACUGAAAAGCUUCCAUUAAUUGGUCCUCAAGCAUUUACCAUGACAGGACUGACAUUGUUACAGCAGCUCUUCAAGAUGUUUGAUAACUCGAGCAUGAAACCAGAAAGUCCAUCUACUGUKUAUGGUAUUGAUCAGUUAUGGAAUAUUGCUGUCCAGGCACAGUCCCUGGAAGUUAGCAUGGCAGCAAUUAGCUAUUUGAACACUCUCUAUAUCAAUGCUGAAGGAGGAAGUCUGAAGUUAGAAGAUGAAUUUGUUAUUCGAUGCAUAUGUAGUAUAAGAGAGGCAACUAAAGAUAUCUCUUCUGAAUUUAAAAACAACAAGCUACAAAUUAUAGAGAGAGGAAUAACACUUUUAAAGAGCCACAUAGAAUCAUUCAAAAAAAGGUUUGCUUUCCAUCUUCGCUUGUGGUUACUUGAUGGCCAAGGAAUAACCUGUCAUCGACAAAAGAUGCAACACACAUCAGAGAAGCAUUAUCCUAUAAGGGUGAUGUGCCAGCCUGCUGGCCUGUCUGACAAGGGAACUUUUAAAAUGCAUUUAUCUGAUCUGGUGUCAGAGUUGAGAGCUGAAGUAACCUUCUGGUGUCAAAAGCUACAAGAAAGAAUCAAGUCAGAAAACCAAGGAGAGGGAACUUCACAGCAUUCCCCUUUGUCUCCCUUCUCUCCACAACUACAUCCUCCUUUUAGGUUAAUCUCACAAGGGCAUGAACUAACACCUGAUCUUGAUGAAAAGACUCUUGCUGAUGUUGGUUUUAAAGAUUUGCAGCUUGUGUUUGUAUCAGUUGGUGCAAUAAGAAGGGAAAAUUAUCACAGUGACAAUCAAAUACCUUCUUCUUCCCUACCCCCUCCUAAGUGGGACAAUGCGCCAAUGGUGAUUCUGCUUCAGGACAAGCAUUUUGAUGAACUGUUUUCAUUUCUUGAAGUCUUUGAUAAACUUAAUGUUAAAAAAGAAAGCAGUGAAAGCAAAAAGGAUGAUGAAAGAGAAAUAGAUCUUGGUGAUGGUACGGAUAAUACACCUGAUCAAAGUCAAGCUCAGCAUUUAUGUCAGCUAAUGUGGGAACUCCUUUGUCUUUUACCCACAAACCCUUCAGUAUAUAACAGAUUAAAGUAUUUUGAGAAGUUCCUGACAUCUGGAGAAGAUGAAUGUUGCAAAUCGGAUUCAUAUCAAGAGUUUUUAGUUCCUUGGAGCAACCUACUAAAUCCUCUUCAUCCGCAUAAACUUUUAUACUGUCUUCAAGUUGUUGAUCUAAUCCACUUCUCAAGUGGGGAAAAGCAUCUGCAAUUAUCUCAUUCCUCUAAGUCAAGCAGUGAGUCAUCAGAUACCUCUGAUGAAGAAAGUGAGAAAUCUGCACAUGUAUUAACUUGGGGAUCAAGAUUUGUUGAGUUUGGAGGACUUCAACAUCUGUAUAACACAUUAAUGUAUGGUCAUCUUGAAGUUGGUAAAUGUGGAGACUUAUGGACGCCUUGGCAAGAAGAAUGCCUAGCAUAUUUAUUGAAGCUAAUUUGUGAAUUUGGAACAAUCAAAAGUGAUGAUGAUGAAGAUGAGGUUUUUAGCUCAACAGAUGCUGAUCAACUUGUGCAGCAUUUCCAACAUAGGGAUGGAAAGUUCAGAGUACGUUAUAAGAGUACCGACAAAGAGGAAACUAUUUUUAUUAAGAGUUUAUCCCAACAAUUGAUGGCCAUGGUAGAUGUAGAACCAUUGUUAGAUCAACUAAUAGCAAUAUCCCAACAGUCAACCCUACAGAUCCAUACAGGUGUACAGAAAGGAGUUAGGGGAGGGGAGGUUGUUCAUAAUGCAGUGUCUUUGUUGGUAUCAUGGGCUUACACAGAUUCUAAUGUAGUUGGUGCUUUAUUAAACCACAAGAAUUUUAAACCUUGGCUUAAGCAGCUAGUUCUCCUUGCAAGGGAGUCUGUUGUGCGAUGUGAAGCCUGUCGUGGUCUUUACAAGUUAAGCCUGAUUAAGGAUACAUCCUGUUUGAUGGAGUUGAUGGAUGCACUUUUAGAGUUUCUACCACUAGCACAGAGUAAAGCUACUGCUACCAGUCAAUGCAGAGACUCUGAUUCAACUGCACAAGAGUAUUUUUCAAUACUAUGCAGACUUGUUGAUGGUCUUCCAGUUAAAGAAGGUAGCAAGGAUCAUGGCAUUGACCUUAACUCACUGGCUAAUUUGCUGUCUGACUAUAUCAUGAAAAGCAAUUCUAGCUCUAAGAGUCAUUCUCGUCAGGAAGAGGAAGGACUUUGUGGUAUGCUUAAGUUGUGUACAGCAGUCAUGAGGCAUAACCCUCUUUUCAAAUACUCUGAGAAGGGACUGGCAUUUUUACAUGAUAUUUUUUCAACCUGUCUGUUUGAUUUGCCAAGUGAUUGCUAUGACAACAAGGGCAUACCAUUGUGCAAGUAUAAGUCAUCWAGGAAGUCAGCAUAUGAUCUGCUGUUAGAGAUGGUCAAGGAAUCUAAAGAGAACUUUUUAGAGCUGCAGAAACUGAUGGCCAGGCAUCAUAGACCSGGUAACUCUCGCUUUCAAGGUGGAAGAAAGCACAACUCUUAUGGCUGGCAUUACUGGCCUCAUGAGAAUGAAAAAGCAACAUGUGGUCUUGUGGGAAUAAUCAAUCUUGGAGCCACAUGUUAUAUGGCAUCAUGUAUCCAACAGUUGUUUAUGAUGCCAAAAGCAAGAGCUUCUAUCCUCAAUGCAAAGAUGACUGGUGAAGCUAGAAAUGAUCAUUUCUUGAAAGAACUCCAAAAAAUGUUUUGCUUUUUAAUGAUGAGUGAGCGCAAAGCACAUAACCCUCGUUCAUUUUGUCGCACUUACACAAUGGACAAACAACUGAUAAAUACAGGUGAACAAAAGGACAUGACAGAGUUUUUUACAGACUUGAUCAGCAAACUAGAAGAUAUGUCACCAUCACUGAGAAAUUUGGUCAGGGAAUUGUUUUGUGGAGUCAUUACAAACAACGUAGUGUCCUUGGACUGUUCACAUGUUAGCAAGACUAAAGAAGAGUUUUAUUCAGUCAGAUGUACUGUGGCUGAUAUGAAGAAUCUCUAUGAAUCGCUUGAUGAGGUGACCAUUAAGGAUACAUUAGAUGGUGAUAAUAUGUAUACCUGCUCACAGUGCUGCAAGAAAGUCAGGGCAGAAAAAAGAGCAUGUUUCACUGUUUUACCGAGAAUCCUGUGUUUUAACACAAUGAGGUACACAUUCAACAUGGUAACUAUGAUGAAGGAAAAAGUCAACACUCAUUUCUCAUUUCCUCUUCAACUAAAUAUGGCUCCUUACUCAGAGGAGUAUUUAAUGGGAGACAGGCCAGAUCAAGAUCCUGAGAAAGACACAGACUAUUGGUACAACCUAAUAGGUGUUGUAGUGCAUACUGGGACAGCAGAGGGAGGUCACUACUACAGUUUUAUUCGUAACCGUUCUAACUCACAACAAGACCAGUGGUUCUUGUUUAAUGAUGCAGAAGUCAAGCCUUUUGAUCCAUCACAGAUUGCUAGUGAAUGCUUUGGUGGAGAAAUGACAACCAAAACAUACGAUGUUGUAUCAGAGAAGUUUAUGGAUCUUUCUUUUGAGAAGACUCACAGUGCUUACAUGCUUUUCUAUGAGCGUAACAGUCCAAAUACACAAGUUGAGGAAGUGCCACCUGUAACCUUGAGUCCUGAUCUCGCUGACUGGAUAUGGCAAGAUAACAUCCAGUUUCUACAUGACAAACACAUCUUUGAUACAACCUACUUCAACUUUAUUUGGCUACUUUGCAGCAGUAUUCCUCCAACACUUCCUGACAACCAAGAARUUAUCUURUCUAAUAUUAAACUCAGUACAUCAUUCUUGUUGGAAACUCUUGUUCAUUCAAAAGAGAAGCUUUUGUUAAAGAACUGGUCUGAAUUAUUGGUGGGUCAUCUUGAGAGCAGCAGCAGUGCGUGUGAGUGGUUCUUGAAUAUGCUGUCUGUUGAUGAUUGGUGGCUACAGCAGAUGUUUGUCAAAUGUCCAGUGCAGACAAUUAGACAUAUGUUUGCAAGGCUUUGUGUGCAUGCUAUUCAAGCUUUUCGACCUUUCUACAUCAAUACURAUGAGAAUGAAUCUGAAGCAGUGCAGAUUGACAGAGGGCCUUUCUCUUAUGUCAUUCAGUUUAUCAAAGCUAUUCUUAAACUGCUUGAUCUCCAUAAUAUCCGUUCUCAUCUCAAGAAUCUAUCAGAGUUGUUUGGUUUUUUGCAUCAGUUUGCUUUAAUUGGACAAGAAGAGCGCGAGUUCCUAUUAACUAUAGAAGCCAUAUCAACUAUGAUUCACUUCUAUCUAAAGACCAAGACACCUGAAACAAUUGUUGAACCAAGUACAGAUGAUGAUGAUGAUGACAUAGAUGAUGAUGAUGAUGACAUUGUUCCUCUUCUGCCUGAGGACAAGUACCGUGGAAGUUCRCUAGAGAAAAUGGUAUCCUUGAUUGCUGUGUUGGUUGAAGCAUCGUGGAGAGAAAGGCAAUUAAAUCUCUCUAAAAAUGAUAUAGAUGCUCUUGUGGGUGGCAAGGAGAUCAAGGGCUUGACAUUCUUGUUUCAAGUAAUUAAAGAUAAUGUUAAUCUACGACAUACAGCAAACCUUGUGUUGAGCCUUUGUAGAUAUAACAACAAAUUAGCUGAAAAUAUUGUUUCAAUGCUGAUUGCUUCUGUACAAAAGCUGCCAUCCGAGCAAUCACAGGCUUUUUUUAAGCUUCUGUCAAUGCUUACUGAGCUSCAAGGGGGUCCACCAGGUUUACCAUCUUUCACUAACCUUACCUUGUCAAGAAUAUGGGAGGCUGCCGAGUACAACGCUAUGCUCUGUCUCGACUGGCUAACUCUUAUUGCACCAAAGAACAAAAUGGCUCAUCAGUGGGUAUUAGAKAACAUGGAUAAGUGGGUUGAGAAGUACCUCAUUGCUGAUAACAAUCCUCGCAUUAGAAAUGCAUCGGCGUGUCUUUUGGUCUCACUUGUACCYAGUAAUCACUUUCGUUUAGGAUUUAGGACAAGGAGCUUUACUACUCCUCACAAAGACCUUCAGCUAACCGAAGAGGCUAGAAAUAUCCUGCAUAAGAUCUAUUCUACGUUACUUGAACUGUUAUCAACUGCUAGAAACUACUGUGAUCGAACGAUGCAAACUACAACUAAACUGGUCAGCUUUUUUGCAGUUUUGAAUUACUGCCUCGUGUCCAAGACAGAGAAAGAAAUGUUCACACCGUAUUCUCUUGAUUUGUGGAGACUAUUUCAUCCUCUGAUGUCAGAACCCAAUAUUUCAGUACACCACAACAAACAGGCUCUGUUGCUGUUCUGGUUUCAUUCCUGUAGAGACUGUGAGACCAACAUAGCCUUUAUUACUGACACUCCGCAAGUAUCGUCUAACAUCGCUCUCAAUUAUAUUCUCUCAAGUGAUGAGCCCGAGGUGAUCAACUUCAACCGUAAYGUUCUUCCUGCGUAUUACGGAUUGCUGCGGUUAUGUUGCGAACAUUCGCGUUCCUUUACAAGGCAGCUUGCCGUUCAUUCUAACAUGAGAUGGGCUUUUGAACACCUUACAUCACGGGUUAAUCAUUAUCCCCAGGCUAUUGAAGAGUUGUUUACAUUAAUGAGGCUAUUUGCUGGUCACGGUCAAAUGGACUUAACUGCCGAAGAGAAGACAGCUACAGCAAACUUCAGGAAGAAUACCAUAAUAUUGUAUUUGAACUGUCUUGACGGGGUUUCUCACUGGACAACUCUAGUCACGGCAUUCAAGAUACUUCUACAAUCAGAAGAAGAUCGAUUAACAGUCCUAGUGAAUCAAGGUUUACUUACACUCUCUGAUGCAAUCACAACUCUUCACAUGAUGUAUCAUGAGGCUACAGCUUGUCACGUGACAGGUGAUCUUCGAGAGGUCCUUAAUAUUCUUAAAGAGGUUCUACUCUGUUCGCAAAGCCAUAUGAAAAAAGCAGAAGUUCGUAGUAGUAUUCUUGGUUGGUCAGAUAAAAUGGAGAUAGCGCAAAAGCUGUUAUCAUUGUUGAAUUCCUACACCCCGAAAGAACUCCACUCGUCAUGCAUUGAUGUGCUACGUGCCAUUUUAGUGCAGUAUCCGAGUGAGUGUGGCGAUGUCCUUAUUCCUUUCAUACAUAACUCACAUUGCAAUUGGCAUCAAAGCACUCAACAGCCGAUAUUGGGGCCAUACUUUCCUCGCAGACAUACUAAAGUCAUCGUUAGCAGCAAGUCUUUACCUCGUCCUACUGUCCCAGAACUCAAUAUGUUCCUACACCCGAGUUUCCUCGAAACACCAAAGGGUGUUGAUGAAACGUAUGACAAAGCGGUAUCAACUUAUUAUCAGCCCUACCAUUUCUUUGCGGACAAGCUUAUCCGUGUUGGCUUUAACCAAGAUCGAGUCAGUGAGGCCUGUAUCAGUCUUAGUUGUUUGCUGGCAAUAGAAGCAAUACCUUUACAUUUUCACUACUUCGCAAAAUUGUGGUCAGAAGUUUACCAAAAAUCCGGCGAGCACGCAAAGUAUAAAGAAUAUAUACAGCAACUUUGUCAACGGCAAGAAUUUAUUGAGUACAUCGAUUCAAUUCUCCUGGAGGAACGAGAAUGCCUUAAUGUUCAAGAAAUAUAUUCCUUUUUUUGCUGUAUGUUUCCCAGAGUACAUGCAGUUGUGCUGAAGAACCAAUGGAAGAAUCUGGUUCAUACACUAGUUACAGCAGUCAUAGCCGACCAGCCAGCAGCCGCUGGAGCAAACGACGAAGAACUGUUACAGAUAGCAAGRCGAAUCACUGCGGACUUACGCGUGAUGAGUUUGUUGUUCACUGUAUCUCCACCAAAGAAGUCAGACGUUAGCAGUUUACUUUUACCAAGUUUAGAAAAUUUAUUGUCAAUAUGUAAAAAGCACCAAAAUCGAAAGCAAAAACGCCUAAAAAUUCGUGUAACAAGUUUAGAACAAGAAACAAAAGCGGGAAACUCCGUGAACCCACAAUGCCCUAGUGAAACAAGCGAUGCACCGCAAAAGAAAAAGCGUCGAAAAACGAUGGACAGUGACGAUGAUAAUGGCAAUUCGCCUAACCCUGGGACUAGCGGGGAGUCGAGCACUUCAAAGACUAGUACCUCAAAGACUGACGACGGUGUUGCAGCCACACCCACUCCUCCUAGGCCUAAGCUGCACCCCCUUCUCGGUACCAGGCCUUCGUUAGACUGGGUUGAUCAUCUAGCUAAGGCAGUUCAUACUGCAAUACAAAAAGUUCCCAAAUAACUGGGAAACACAUAAAUUGAAAUGCCAGAGAAUUGUUAUCCUGGUCUGUAAGUAGAAAAGUCGUUAUAUGAGGAAAGCAGUUUUGUUUUAGACAUGAAUAGAUUUUUUUUAUUGACACGCUUUCCAUGUGAUGGCGAUUCGUUGGUGACAAUUGCCAUCAAUGUAGAAAAUUAAGUUAAUAUAGUGGAAUGGUUUGUAAUGUCUUCUUUUGGCCUUACGGCAUCCAAAAUAAAUAAACAAAAAAAAAAGUAAGUAAAUAAAUGUGUACGUAUAUGAA